AUGAUUAUUGAGCAAGGAAUAACAAAAUCUCAUCUUUAUCCAAUAUUUGUCAAAUGUUUGGCAUACCAAAAUAUCAGCGAGUUUGCCUCCAAUGUGAGAGAGGAAGGGAGAAGUGAGAUGACCAAAGCAGGAAAGGAAAUAUUCAUGGGGCAAAAAGUUUCAGUGGUGGCAACGACGACUUUGACGGCAGUGAUGAGUAACCUAACGUUGGUGGAAAGAAUGACUGACCCUGUUGCACCUGAAGAUCUUGGCCUUGCCAACAUUCUAGCUAACAUCCAAAUGACACUUGCCACCUUGGGUGACCGUGUAGCUAGGAUAGAGCAACCUGCUCCUGCUCCUCUCCUGCACCACGCAGAGAGGCUAACCCAGCAGCUAAUGGGAGAAAGAACCAACAACAGAAUGAUGACGAUAUGCCAGAACUAG